UUCAUGUAGGGUAGUCGUUGGUGUUCAUUGAAUCAUGAUGUUCGGUAAUUUAUGUUUGCAUAUUAUACUUACUAUUGCUGAAUAUCACAGUGCUAUUGUUCCUUGGCAAAUUGUGGCACAAAAAACUGAUGCUGUUUUGAAAUUCGUAAGUUUAGAUGAGAACGAGGUUCCAGAUGUAGAGGAGCUGAGGGGGAUGAUUUCUGAAAGAACAGAACUUGUAGUUGUUCAUCAUGUGUCUAAAGUUAUUGGCUCAGUUCUUCCUAUUGAAGACAUUGUGAUCUGGGCUCAUGCAGUUGGAGCAAAAGUGCUUGUAGAUGCUUGUCAAAGUGUUCCACAUAUGGUGGUUGAUGUCCAAGGUCUUGAUGCUGAUUUUCUUGUUUCUUCUUCUCACAAGGUUUGUCCGUUGCCUUACACAUGAUAUAAGACACAGGUA